AUGAGCCGCUGCCCACUGACCCUCCUCGUCGUCCUCGGCCUCCUCGGGGGCUGCGCCGGCAAGCUGGCGGUGGAGACGGACGCCUCCCCGGUGCGAGCCAAGGUGGGAGAUGACGUGGUGCUGAAGUGCCAGUUCUCCGUGCCGCAGCCCCCUGUGGACCUGAGCCAGCUGGUGGUGCAGUGGUUCCACCGGGGCGGGCAGCUGGUGGAGUUCGACAAUGUGGUGAGCGGGAGCCGGCCGGGCGCCAACCUGAACGUGGAGGGGCUGCGGAGCGGCAACGCCGCGCUCUACCUCAGCAAGGUGACCCCGGAGAGUGCCGGCAACUACCGCUGCUACGUCACCUACGCGCCCGACGUGCGCAUCAAACAGGUCGUCCUCCAAGUCGAGGACCCCGCGAAGCUGCCCGCGGAGGAGCCGGAGGCCGUGGCCCCUCACGCCUGCGCCCCCGACCCCGACCCCCUGGUGCUGGAGAAGCUGGACCAGGCGCUGACCCUCCUGCAGCAGAUCAGCCGCACGCUGGAGGCGGCGGGCGCCGGGGGUGGGGGGGCGGCCUGAGCCCGGCCCUGACCCCAGGGGGCGCCCGG